UCUAUCUCCAUGAUCUACAGAGAGACUCCACUCAAUAAACAACAAACUCUGCUUUCUCCCUUCCCCCACGUGAUCUUUCCUCCCCUUUUCCUCUUCAUCUCCAUCUUCAUUAGGGUUUUUAUGUUAAAAAGGCAGAGACUUUGUAUUGAACUACUUUUUUAAAUCUCCAGGUUUUUUAAUCGCCUCUGAUCUUAACGAUGAUGUUCAACGAGAUGGGUAUGUGCGGCGGGAGGAACAUGGACUUCUUCUCACCUGAACUUGACUUCUGUCCUCCUCCUCCUCCUCCACAGCCUGAACUCCCUGAAGACGACUACACCGACGACGAGAUCGACGUCGACGAGCUGGAGAGGAGGAUGUGGAGGGACAAGAUGCGUCUCAAGCGUCUCAAGGAGCAGCAGGACAAGAGCAGAGGAGGCGUCGACGUCGACGCUGCCAAGCAGAGACAGUCUCAGGAGCAAGCCAGGAGGAAGAAGAUGUCCAGAGCUCAAGAUGGGAUCUUGAAGUACAUGUUGAAGAUGAUGGAAGUCUGCAAAGCUCAAGGCUUUGUUUACGGGAUCAUCCCUGAGAACGGGAAGCCUGUGACUGGCGCCUCGGAUAAUCUCAGGGAGUGGUGGAAAGAUAAAGUUAGGUUUGACCGUAACGGUCCUGCUGCGAUAAGCAAGUACCGAGAUGAGAACAGUGUCCAUGGGGUUUGUGAAGGUGGUAACUUGGUUGGACCUACUCCCCACACGCUGCAAGAGCUUCAGGACACGACUCUGGGGUCUCUUUUGUCGGCUCUGAUGCAGCAUUGUGACCCUCCUCAGAGACGGUUUCCUUUGGAGAAAGGCGUGCCUCCUCCGUGGUGGCCUAACGGUGGAGAAGACUGGUGGUGUCAGCUCGGUUUGCCUAAGGAUCAAGGUCCUGCUCCUUACAAGAAGCCUCAUGAUCUGAAGAAGGCGUGGAAAGUUGGUGUUUUGACUGCGGUUAUAAAGCAUAUGUUUCCUGAUGUUGCUAAGAUACGGAAGCUGGUGAGGCAGUCUAAGUGCUUGCAGGAUAAGAUGACUGCUAAAGAGAGUGCUACUUGGCUUGCUAUUAUUAACCAAGAAGAGUCCUUGGCUCGGGAGCUUUACCCUGAGUCUUGUCCUCCUCCUCUUUCUUCUUUGUCUGGUGGAAGCUGCUCCCUUCUGAUGAAUGAUUGUAGUCAGUACAACGUUGAAGGUGUUGUUGAGAAGGAGAGUCCUUAUCAAAUGGAAGAGCUUAACCAAGGGAACGUGAUGAUGGCUGUAAAGGAAGAGGUCACAGCGGAGUUCAUUAGGAAGAGGAAGCCAAGCAGAGAUCUGAACAGUAUAAUGGACAGAGCAGCUUUUACCUGUGAGAAUCCUGGUUGUGUCCAUAGCGACGCCAGCCGGGGUUUUUUGGACCGGAACUCGAGAGACAACCAUCAGUUGGUCUGUCAUGGAGCAGCAGCACCGUCCAGGUUCCGUGUCAAUGAAGUUAAGCCUGUUGUGAGUUUUUCUCAGCCAAUUGACUUAACCGGUAUUGGGGUUCCUGAAGAUGGGCAGAAGAUGAUCUCUGAGCUCAUGUCCAUGUACGACAGAAAUAUAGAGAAUCAAAGCAUGUCACUGCUUCAACCAACGGUCCAGAAUCAUCAAGAACAUCUCCAGUUCCAAGGAAACAUGGUGGAAGGAAGUUUCUUUGAAGACUUGAACAUCCCUAACAGAGCUAAUAACAGUAACCAAACGUUUUUCCAAGGGAACAACAACAACUUUGAAGCUGUGCAGAACAACAGUAGCAGCAACAGGUUUCAGCUUGUGUAUGAUGCUCCACCGUUUGAUAUGGCCUCAUUUGAUUACAGAGAUGAUAUGUCAAUGCAAGGAGUAAUGGAUGUUAUGCAGCAGAAGCAACAAGAUGUGUCCUUAUGGUUCUAAGUCUUGGUAGUAAAAUUUUAAUCUUCUGUUUAUUUUAUUUUUAUCUUUUGUGUUCUUACAUCUACCAAUGUAAUAUUGUUAUGUGUAUGUCUCCUGGCUUGCUAUGAGUCUCUAAGACUGUUACUGUA